AUGUACUACCAAGAGAUGCUCAACGACUGGCUGAAGGAUCAUGUCCUUCAGGCUCCAUACAUGAAGGAUGAGCCUGCCUUUUAUCGCAACAUCGAGAAGCAUCUCGAUACCCUCCGAGUUGACUUCAGACUCUCUACAGCAAAACCUCGCUGGGAUGACACUGUUAUUGAUUGGGCGUCUAGCGACUUCCUCUCACUGAACCGUACCGGCCGGAUUCGAGACGCCUACCUCAAAGAAAUGGCCAAGCAUGGCGAAGACUGGGACCUGAGUGCUGCAGGCUCUCGCCUCCAGUACGGAAACUACAGCUACUUGAUCGAGGUCGAGAAGCAGGUUGCCGAGUUCUUUGGCUCCGAGACUGCCUUCAUCGGCCACUCAGGCUUCUUGUGUAACGUUGGCAUCAUCGGCGCCGUUGCACUGCCUGGUGACUGUUACCUCUACGAUGAACUGGUCCACGCCUCGACCCACGAGGGCAUGAAGCUCAGCCGGGCAUCUCACAAGGUCUCCUUCGCCCACAACGACGUGCUCUCGCUGCGUACGACUUUGAAAAUGCUCCGUGACGAACACCCAGAGUUCAAAGCUGGUACCAAGUCAAUCCUCAUUCUUGUGGAAUCUAUCUACAGUAUGAAUGGAGAUGUUUGCCCUCUGAAGGAGUUCGUUCAGGCAGCGAAAGAGAUUUUCCCUCUCGGCAAUGCACAGUUUGUCAUAGACGAGGCACACUGCGUCGGCGUCCUUGGACCUAAAGGUCGGGGACUAGUCUCAAUGCUCGGCUUGGAGAAGGAAAUUGCAAUCCGGGUUCAUAUGUGUAGCAAAGCUAUGGCCUCGACUGGGGGUUUGAUCUUGUGCAACAAGACCAUCCGUGCCGUGAUCAUGAAUCAGAUGCGGUUUGCCGUUUACAGUGGCGCCCCAUCGUUCCCCAUGGUCGCCUCCAUCAAGGCCGGCAUCGAACUGCUCUCUACCGGAGCGACGAUCACUGAGCAGCAGAGCAUCCAAGACAUCGUGACCUAUUUUUUCGAGAAGCUAACCAACAAUAUGGAGUGGCAACGAGCUAAAGCUGCGGGCCUCCUUUCAUGUCCCCUCUCGGAAGGCUGGGAGCAGCGCGUCUGUCAUACACAUAUCGUACCCAUCUGGACAAAGCCGCGCCACGAGCAGUACCUGUUCUUCCACAUGAUGUCAGAAAACAUGAAUGCCUACAGCUUCGCAUAUCCGGUCGUCCCAAAGGGCAAAAGCCGCGUUCGCAUGGUUUUCCAUGCCCACAACACCAAGGCCGACGUCGAUAAGACGGUCGGCACUAUAGCCGAGUGGGUCAGGGAGAUGCUCGAUAUUGAACAGGACGAGUCGGCAGAAUAUGUCCCCCGCAUCGCUAGCGAGGUAUACAGCAUGAAGGCUGAGGUAAGGGGUUAA